UCUUCAUGAUUUUACGAUGCUAAUAAUGAGGAAUUCCGAGAAAUCCACUGAAUAGUUUCCUCUCUAAAAUAUAAUUUAGCUGUGAAGAUUUUGAGACACCGCAACCAAGAAAUGCCCUUUUUGCACCCAACGCCUCAAUUUAGGCUCGUCCCUUCUCCCAAGGGCAUAAAGGUAAACCUUAAAAGAGUCCGCGCAUGCAUCAUCAUUCGCGCACGAAUCUUCGACGCAAAUUGUCACACGAAAAUCUCACCCUCGCUCCACAGGACCCGGGACUGGCCAUUUGAAUCUUCGUUCAAUCAUCAUAAUAUUUGCUCCAAGAUACGUUCUUGGAUCGUGAAAGUGCAGUGUGUUUUUAAAACUAAAUCAUGCAUAAAAGUGAAACUGUUUGCUGCAUCUUCAUCGAGGCUGUCCCUGUAGGAUACCAUCAGAAAAUGAUCGUGGUGGAGGAAACUCAGCCGAACGAGCCAAACCGGCCAAACCACCCGAACUGGCCAAAGCAGCCGAACCGGAUGAACUGUUUAACCAACAAUUUCAAAAAGUUGUGGGCACUAAUUGUAUUUAUCAUAUGUGUCAUCGGCUUUGUAUACGCAUACAAUGAGCAUGCUAAUCUCUGGCGUGCUUACAACAAUUUGAAGAACACGUGCAAAACCCAGGCGCUUAUGUCACCCGGAAGGCGCAAACGGCCAGGAUGGAUCUUUCCUCCCUAGUAGCUGAGUUCGCCCUUGAAAUUUCAGUGUUUCAAAAGGCCUCAUUUAUUAAUUUCAAAAGUGGCUGUUUGGGCCUUUUUCACAUUUUUCCAAAAAUUUUCAAGAAUGUGGUCAUGAUCUAAUUUUUUCGAUAUUA